GUACUUCCGUUUUUGGGGAGGGUAAUCAGACAGCCGAGUGGCGAAGGGGUGAGGUCUGCCGAGCUCAGCCAGCAGCACAGACAGAAAAAUCAUCACUGAGGUGUUUUCUUCCAGUUUCUGAUCUGAGGAGCUCUGCGGGCUGCGGGACGCGUCUCGUUCGUCGCUGCGCUUGUUUGGCUGAAAAAACGCGUCGCAUCAGGCGGAAUGGAGAUGCGUGGCUGAAGGAUUCCGGAGCUCCUCUGAUAACAACAGGUCUCAUUGUCCAAACCCACUUUCCUCUGAAAUCUGUCAACAAAAGGCACAAAGCUGGAGCCCAGACGGUCAAACAUGGAUGUGCCCCGGAUGGCUGAGGGCCUCAUAAGCCACACGCUUCCCUAUUCGGGAGGCGGCUAUCAUGAACCUUCGUACCUGACGCUGGAGCAGAAGGCCGCCUUCGUUUUUGUGCUGCUGCUCUUCAUCUUCCUGGCCCUGCUCAUUGUGCGUUGCUUCCGCAUCCUGCUGGACCCUUACCGCAGCAUGCCCUCAUCCAACUGGACAGACCACACCGAGAAAGACACGUUUGAUUACCGCAUCGUCUGAAGAGCCCUAACCCAACCCAAUUAGAAAAACCAUAAAUUACACAAUUGACUGAUUUGACGCUUACCUGGUACUUUGGUCUGAAAGGACAGAUGACUUCAGAUUCACCAGGAAAGGAAGAAACCCAGAAAAUCUUCUGAAAACACAUCUAAAGAAUACAUUUUUACAGCAAGCUUUUCUCAAAAAUAAUUUAGCAGCUUCAUCCUGCCAAAGCGGAAAAUUCUCUGUAAAAGAAAAAAGAACAAUCAGAAGAGAAGAACGAAGCUUGUUUAUCAAAACCACCCACGAAUAUGAAGAACCAGAACCAGAAAACAGUUCACACCCCCGUUCAGUUCUUGUGUGGACUACCUCACCCCUCCUGCGCCCUAACCUCACUCCUCCUGCACCCUAACUUCACACCUCCUGCACCCUAACUUCACUCCUCCUGCACCCUAACCUCACUCCUCCUGCACCCUAACUUCACUCCUCCUGCACCCUAACCUCACUCCUCCUGCACUCUAACCUCACUCCUCCUGCACCCUAACUUCACUCCUCCUGCACCCUAACCUCACUCCUCCUGCACCCUAACUUCACUCCUCCUGCACCCUAACCUCACUCCUCCUGCACCCUAACUUCACUCCUCCUGCACCCUAACCUCACUCCUCCUGCACCCUAACUUCACUCCUCCUGCACCCUAACCUCACUCCUCCUGCACCCUAACUUCACUCCUCCUGCACCCUAAUCUCAUCCCUCCUACACCCUAACUCUAAUCUCACCCUUCCUACACCCAAACCUCACCUGUUUUACACCCUAAUCUCACCCCUCAUGCACACUAACCCAUGCCUCUCACAGGGUCCAGCUGCUUUGAAAACACAAGCCAGAUGAUUUAUGACUGUGUUUACACGCAAUCACUAUCUCUUAUGUUCUAGGAUUUGUAUCAUUAUUCUAGACAAUCAGUGUUUAAAAUAGCUGAAAAUGACAUUGCGAAUAUUUGAGGUCAUUUGUUUUUAUAGUAUUUUUGCUUUAAUUUGUAAAAAGAUCCAAAAGACUUGGUGCAAAUUGACCGGCCAAGGAAGAAGUUAUUGCCUUAUGUCUUUGUAAGAUAUGAGUCUUAACCUUCUGACCAGGAAGGAAAGGUCAUGAAGAUGACUUGUUGUAGGGUCAUCAAGCAGGUUUCACAAUCACAAAGAGCAACAUUUUGACUGAAAAGUUCCCUUUAAUUUUUAGGAAAGGUGUAAAGAGGCAGAUGCCAGCAGGGUACUACCUGUUCUUUGUGUGUGUGUGUGUGUGUGUGUGUGUGUGUGUGUGUGUGUGUGUGUGUGUGUGUGUGUGUGUGUGUGUGUGUGUGUGUGUGUGUGUGUGUGUGUGUGUUUAUUAAGAAAAAGAAGAGCAUAUUUGUCCUUUCGGUCAUGGAGGGUCCUUCAAUGUCCACGUCUUUAGCUGUCAAUAACAAAGAGGUGUUGAUAAAAGAAAAAAAUGUUUACUGUACCGUAUUGUGUGCCUAAAAAAUAUAUAUAUGUGUGUGCGUGUGUGUGUGUGCGUGUGUGUGUGUGCGUGUGUGUGUGUGUGUGUGUGUGUGUGUGUGUGUGUGUGUGUUUUAGGAAAAAGAGAAAAUGGGUUCAUAUUUUGUUUUUAAAUCUUUUUUUCUUCCUUUAAUGUCUGUACAUAUGUGUGUGUGUUUUAUAAUCAUUCUAACAGCAUUUUACUGCCUGCGGAUGGUAUAUUGACAGUUGGUAUGCCAGAUCUGCAGUGUGUUGAUGUGAAAGAUGAAAGCGUUUUCACAGUCAACCCUUUACGGAGUGAUGUUGUGGCUCUUAUGUUGGACAACUUUUCAACUGUGCGCCUUAUAGUGUAGAUUGUUUACAAUAUCAUUGGUGGCAAACACACCGAGACCUUGCAUCGUUGGGUUUGCUCUUCACAGAUGUCACACUACCUGCUGAAAUUCAAACUAAACCAUCCCUUUGUUCCCUGAUUUUUGCCCCUGCCAGGACAUGAAGUAAACUGUGACCCUUUUGAUGAAAUGUGACGUUGUUGUUAUCUGCUGUGGCCUUUUACUGCAUAAUGCAGAUGUUGCAAUGUUGUGCUGAGGUGGUGUUUCCUUUCUUUUCCUUGCAUGCAUCUCUCCUGAGUGUUUUGUCAGUGCAUGAUAAAUGGUGCAGUGCUUACACCCUGACGUUGUAGCUGUGGGUCAGUUGCUCCAACAGCUUUUUCCUGUCUGCUCUGAAAUCAGUUUCUUUUCUAUCUGUUUUUAUUUUUGUUCUUAUUUCUCCGCCUAGAGCCGCUGCACUUUUGUAAUAAAAUGAUCAGAGCCCACAA